GUGGAAGAUCUGGGAAAAGCAUACAAUGUUUCGUUUAAGUCUACUGUUCGUUGUCGUCAGUGCCGUUGCCGUGUUCGGCAGUACUCUUCCUGCGGAAUACCUCGAGUGGGAAGGACGAAUCGUUGGAGGCUCCAAUGCAGGUUCUGGUCAGUUUCCCUACCAGGUCUCGCUUCGUUCGGCAGCCAACGCUCACUUCUGCGGUGGUUCCGUGAUCAACAAUCGCUAUGCACUUUCGGCUGCCCACUGUACCGUUGGACGCACGACUGCCAAUACACGUGUCGUGGUUGGAACUCAUCUGUUGAACAGUGGUGGAGUGUCUCACAACGUGGCCCGUAUCGUCAAUCACGGAUCGUACAACUCAAACACCUUGGCCAACGAUGUGUCACUGGUUCAGACUGCUUCGACUAUUUCCUUCAACAAUCUGGUUCAAACCAUUGGUUUGGCUGCUAACUUCAUCAACACUGGCAGCGGUGCUUUGGCUUCGGGAUGGGGACAGCUGGGAGCCAACGCCGGUAUUCCUAACAACUUGCAGUGGUUGAGCACUAGUAUUAUCACGUUGGCUGAUUGUCGUAGCCGGCACUCGGCCGCUAAUGCUGCACGUGUCCACGACAGCACCGUUUGCACGUUGAGCCCAUCCGGCCAAGGAAUGUGCAUGGGUGAUUCCGGUGGUCCGCUGGUGCAUGGUGGACUCCAGCAAGGUAUCGUGUCGUGGGGUAUCCCGUGCGGAUUAGGUUCCCCGGAUGUGUUUGCCCGUGUAUCCUCGCAUCGUACGUGGAUUCUGAACAACGCAGUGUAAAACGGACUGAUAGCAAUUUGGCGAUAAAGUAAAACAUUGAACAUAUAA